AUGUCGCUCCCAUUUCUCAUAUCUGUCGAUGCGAACUCGAUAAGUCAACCGCUGUCCUGCGGCCUUACCCUGAGCCAAAUAUCCUAUUUCGGCCGCGUCCUCUUGAAUUAUCCUAGCUUAGAUCAAGCUUUAUCCUUCAUAAAUGCUAAUUUUGCCGCCUUUGAGAUCUUUGUUGACGCGACGGCCAUUAAGUCAAGCGGGGACGUGGUAAAUAUACUCAAUGCUGGAGCCUCAGCCGCCUUUGUGACGUUAGAUCAAUUGGCAGCAUUAUUCGAAGAACAAAAUAUACCUCCCUCCCGCAUAGUCGCUUACGUGUCAUCUACAGAUGACGUCGCAAGGCUGAAAAAUUGGAUAUCGAACAACAACGAAAGACGAGAGAUCAGCGUUCACAUUCAUAAUUCGACUGCAAUUGAUGCCGUACUAUCUGAUCUCAAAGAUGACUCUUUAGUUAAGGCAGUGUAUCGGCCUUCAGAUAACGCAACGAUACAAUCCAGUCUCCUUUUGAACGAACAGGAAAGAGUGAUUAGCGUCGUUCCGUCGGUGUCGUUGGCCCUCGGUGAUGAAGCGAAUUCAAUUGUUAAAAUGCUAGUAACUGGUGCUGUUCCUGAUAGUCAUACUGGGUUAUAUGCGACAAUAGUUACAGAUGAACGAGGAGUAGCGCUGGGACUUGUUUGGAGCAGCGAGAAGAGCAUCUCCGAAGCAAUCAAGACCGGGACAGGAGUGUAUCAAAGCAGAAAACGUGGAUUAUGGUAUAAAGGCCAGUCCAGUGGAGAUGUCCAGGAACUGGUUAAAAUUGGACUCGAUUGCGAUAGUGACUGUCUGGUAUUUACUGUGAGACAGAAAGGCAGAGGUUUGUUACUUCCAAAUCGGUCUCCAUCUUUAACAAUAUUGACUUUUGGCUUAGGAUUUUGCCAUUUGGGUACUGCAAGCUGCUUUGGCACAUAUUCAGGCCUAGCACGUCUUCAGAAAACAUUACAAGCUCGGAAAGAGGAUGUCCCGCCUGGCUCAUACACAUCCCGACUUUUCAACGAUCCAAAACUCUUGAAUGCGAAAAUAAUGGAAGAAGCGGACGAACUAUGCACAGCCUCGACGAAGGAAGAAAUUGCGUUUGAGGCUGCCGAUCUUUUCUAUUUUGCACUGACAAAAUGCAUUGCUGCUGGUGUAAAAUUGGAAGACGUUGAAAAAAACCUUGACCUUAAGAGCUUGAAAGUGAAACGUAGGAAAGGCGACGCGAAAACGAUUUGGGCUGAAAAAACCGGCGUUUCUACUCCUAAAACGACAGAAAAGGCAAGCGACACUUUAAACGGCAAUCCAUCGGCUUCCUUGGCCGGUCGAAGGAUUCAGAUGAGACGGCUCGCUACAGCUUCGACUUCACCAACAGAUAUCCAAGACGCUUUACAGCGGCCAUCGCAAAAGUCAAAUGAAGCUAUAGUGAGCUUGGUAACACCUAUCAUUCAAGACGUUAGGGCCAACGGAGAUUCCGCAAUUCUUAAGUACACUCACCAGUUUGAGAAGGCAACGUCUUUAACCUCACCUGUUAUUCGAGCACCAUUUUCGAAAGAGCUUAUGAUACUCUCUCCAGAAACAAAGAGUGCUAUUGAUACCAGCUUUGAAAAUAUCCAGCGUUUCCAUUCGGCGCAAAAGGAGCAAAAACCCCUUGAAGUGGAAACAAUGCCUGGCGUUGUAUGUUCUCGCUUUGUCCGGCCUAUUGAGAGGGUAGGUCUAUAUAUUCCUGGCGGAACGGCUGUUUUGCCUUCCACAGCACUUAUGUUAGGCGUUCCGGCGAUGGUCGCUGGAUGCAAGAAAAUUGUUAUGGCCUCCCCUCCAAGGUCAGACGGAAGCAUCUCGCCAGAAAUAGUAUAUAUUGCGCAUAAAGUUGGCGCUGAGAGUAUCGUGCUCGCGGGAGGGGCCCAAGCGGUGGCCGCUAUGGCCUAUGGCACGCCCAGUGUUAGCAAGGUCGACAAGAUUCUAGGCCCAGGAAACCAAUUCGUCACCGCUGCAAAAAUGCUUGUCUCAAACGAUACAUCUGCUGGUGUCAGCAUUGAUAUGCCCGCCGGGCCGAGUGAGGUUUUAGUUAUCGCUGAUCGUCAUGCUAACCCUGCCUUUGUUGCUUCUGAUUUACUUAGCCAGGCAGAACAUGGCGUUGAUUCACAAGUGAUCUUGAUCGCUGUUGAUCUUGACGAUGCCCGAUUGUCUGCCAUCGAAGAAGAACUGCAUGAACAAGCCAUUAAAUUACCUCGUGUUGAUAUCGUUCGGGGCUCCAUUGAACAUUCAGUUACUUUCAUUGUAAAGGAUCUUGAGGAGGCCUUUGCGUUAAGCAACGCAUAUGCCCCUGAACAUCUAAUCCUGCAGAUCCGGAAUGCAUCAGACACUCUAUCCCUGGUAGAAAAUGCCGGCAGUGUUUUCAUUGGCCAAUGGACCCCGGAGAGUGUUGGAGACUACUCUGCUGGGGUGAACCAUUCCCUACCAACGUAUGGCUAUGCAAAGCAGUACUCUGGUGUGAAUCUUGCAUCUUUUGUGAAACACAUCACUAGCUCAAAUCUUACUGCGGAAGGCCUACGCAAUGUUUCACAAUCUGUCAUGCAACUUGCAUCGGUGGAAGGCCUCGAUGCUCAUCGUCAAGCCGUCAGUAUUCGUGUCGAUUGGAUGAAUCGAAAUCCUUGA